ACCACCAACAGCGUCACAAAUCACGUCUUGAUACCAAUUCCGAGUCACGGGUGGCCACACACACGUACGCACACACACACAUGCACUCUCUCUCAACUGGGAUAUCCAUUAUGGAAUAUGUUCGUUCACCAUCAUGGAAGGCUGUCUGUGCCAAAUGGCUGCGCAAAGCAUACAUCUACACAGCCAGCUAGCUACUGCACGCACACACACGCAUAGGUCUGAUGGUCGGUCGAUCGAUCGACCGAUCGAUGGUCGACACGUAAGGAAGGCAUGUUUGCAGUGAUGGUGUGUGUUACAUGGUCGUGCAACCACACUCGCAUUUGCAUGCCCGCUUAUGUACAUACACAGACAAAUGGAUACAUACAUUACGUACGUGUCAUUCAACGUCGUUCGUCCCGCCUGUCGCACCACAAACCUCCACACACACAGCAAUGAAUCAUAGCUGCUUGUCUGUGUGAUGUGCAUUAGACAGCGACACACCGCACCGUACCCCAAUGCAUUCACACCCAUUUAGGCGGAUGGACAGGGAGAUAGACAAGAGCCAGACAAGCCACGGAGUCGUAAAGAAUCGCUGGCUUAGGUAGAGCGAUAAGUGUAUGCCUCACUGCCCCACCACGUGCAGCACUUCUCUUUCAUCCGCAUGGAAACUCUCCUCCCCAGCCAAGAGAGCAUCGCCUGUGCUAUUUCUCUCUCCGGUAUAGCCAGCAGGCACAUUCCAGCUAUUGGUGUACUGCUCGCAGCGGCAGAUGCCGACUGCAGGCCCCUCAUCACUCUCGCAACCCAUCCACAGACACCCGGCAACAUACACCCUUGUACCACCCGCACUUCCCUCCCUCCCCGUCACAAACACAGCUUGCCCCCCGCACCCCCGCAGCCCUCCCCGCAGGUCGAUCUUGGUCGGUGUGGCGAAGUGGCCGGCCAGUGAGAUAUACAGUAUAUCGCACUCGCAUCUGCGGGUGUCGGUCGGGUCGUCGGGCUCCUGCAGGCCGGCACUGAUGUAGACGCCGAAGACAUACUUGCCCUUGCGGAUGAUGAUCACCAGGCCGGUCUUGUCGCCCACACAGCGGAGCAGAUCUUCGUACCUGCUGCCGUCACGCGACGACCUGAAACACACACAGACAGACACACACACACACUUACGCCUCUGUUUUGACGUGAGAGUCAGUCCAACGCUGCCUAGAGCAGGUAGCGUACCGAUAGAUUGAUGCCAGCUUCAUGUUGGGAUUGCCGAGCAGGCCCAGCAGGCUGGAGUACUGGGACUCAGACAACGACGUGUCCUGCACAACCACCAUACGACAACGAGAGGAUGUAAUCGGUAGCUGGCAAUUGAUCUUUAUGGCUGUGUGUACCAAAGUGCCGACGGGUGUCAUUGCCAAAGAGCCGCGUACCCACAGUACAAAAAGCUAAAAUGGAAAAAU